AUGGCUGCGCUCACAGGAAACGGCGUCGACGAAUGUCAUUUGGCCGCGACCGCAGAUUUGGCAAUUCCAAACGAGGCUGCUCACGAGAACAGUUCUAUCAAAAUACUCACUGAAAAGCAGAAUAAAAAGACGAAAAGAGCGAAAUCAGAAAAGAACAACAGGCGAGCAUAUUCAAUGGAAUUCCCCCGGCUGUAG